AUGUCUGCCACGGCAAUGGCCAAGCGCCUGGAGGGCAAGACCAUCCUCAUCACGGGCGCUUCGUCGGGCAUCGGCAGGAGCUGCGCCUUUGAGUUUGCCCGCACCGCGCCCCGUGACCUGAGGCUGAUCCUGACGGCGCGGCGGAUUGACACGUUGAAAGAGGUCGCCGAACAGAUCCGCGCCGAGGUCGGCGAGGGUGUCAAGGUCCUCCCCGUCCAGCUCGAUGUCAGCGAUCCUAAGCAGGUGAAGGGCUUUGUCAGCCGCUGCUUGCCUGAGGAGUGGAGGGAUGUGGAUGUUUUGGUCAAUAAUGCGGGGCUGGUGAAGGGAGUCGCCUGCGCGCCUGACAUUGCCGAAGAAGACAUCAACAUCAUGUUCCAGACCAACGUCACGGGCCUGAUCAACAUGACGCAGGAGAUCCUGCCUAUCUUCAAAGCCCGCCCGGACGGUGGCGCCGGCGACAUCAUCAACAUUGGCAGCAUCGCCGGGCGGGAGCCCUACGCCGGGGGCAGCAUCUACUGCGCCACCAAGGCCGCGGUGCGCAGCUUCACAGACUCGUUGCGCAAGGAGCUGGUCGCGACACGCAUCAGGAUCAUGGAGAUUGAUCCUGGCCAGGUUGAGACGGAGUUCUCUGUGGUCAGGUUCUAUGGCGACAAGGCCAAGGCCGAUGCGGUAUAUGCCGGCUGCGACCCCCUGACCCCUGAUGACAUCGCCGAGGUUGUGGUCUUUGUCGCAGGAAGGAGACAGAAUGUGGUUGUUGCUGACACCUUGAUCUACCCGAGCCAUCAAGCUGGUGCUGGUGUGCUGCAUCGCAGGCCGACAUAA